CCUUUCCAUCGUUCGAUGAUACGAGCAACAAGCCUUUAGAAGAUAGAUUCGAGGAUCAAACGAACAACGAAUUGGGAUUGGAAGACACGACUUGGACCACUUCUAACUUGAGAUUCGAUGACGAUGCCAGCACGACUUCUACAACUUCUAAUUCUAAUUAUAUUGAAAAUGCCUCCUCGAUAACGUCGAUGCGUUUUCCUACUAUAUUCACUUGUUCAAGAUUGCUUCAAAGUAUCACGAUCGAGAAAAGAUGCGACAGAGUAGUGGAUUGCGAGGACAGUACGGACGAGUUGAAUUGUACCUGCAAAGAUUAUUUGCAGAACUUAAGACCGACCGCCAUCUGCGAUGGUUACGCAGAUUGCGAUGAUCUGACGGAUGAACGAGACUGUGAAAUUUGCGGUAAGAACGAAUUUUUCUGCACAACGAGCAAAACCUGCGUUUCGAUGUCGAAAAAAUGCGAUGGAAAAUUCGAUUGCGAGUUUAAAGAGGACGAGCUCGAUUGCUUCGCGUUCACCGAUGGCCACAAUGUGUACUUGGAUGCCAAUGGACGGCCAUUUUUGAACAAAGAGGGAAUAUUGACCAGAUUCAUUAAACAGAGAUGGCAACCAGUUUGCCAUCGUCCCAAGAUUCAUAAAAAUCAAUCCACGGCCAAUCUUAUUGGACAAAAUAUGUGCGAAUACUUUGGUUUCGC